AUGGAACAAAGACUGCGUUCGUCAUGGCGGCAAAAGGUUUUAUUGAUGGCAUGGGGGAUGCUAUUUUGGACAGGGAUUCGCGCGCAAAUACGAUAUUCUGUGUCUGAGGAGCAAAAAGACGCAACUGUGGUCGGAAACAUCGCUAAGGAUUUAGGCCUUGAUUCCAGAACGUUAAAGGAGCGAGGAUUUCGGAUCGUUUCAUCCUCGAGCGACUCCCUGUUCACGGUAAAUCAGAACGACGGAUUUUUAAGUGUCAACGGAAAGAUAGACCGAGAGGCGGUAUGCGAGAGAAGUAGCUCGUGUGUCAUCAAUCUAAAAAUUGCUUUAGAAAACCCGUUAGAGAUUCACUACGUGUCGAUAGAAAUUGUGGACGUCAACGAUCACGCCCCGACAUUCCCGGAGAAAGAAAAGCGAUUGGAAAUUUCGGAAUCAGCCUUACCUGGAGCUCGGUAUCAGUUACAGGCAGCACGUGACCCAGAUGGCGGGAUGAACGCAGUUCAACAAUACAAACUCAGUCAUCACGAUCAUUUCCGAGUAGAAGUCAAAGACCGCGGAGAGGAUCGAAAAAUGCCCUUUUUAAUUCUUCAAAAGGCGUUGGAUAGAGAAACGAGCAAUAGACAUAAACUACUGCUUACUGCGCUCGAUGGAGGGCGACCACCGAAGUCCGGGACGAUGGAGAUACUAAUUGACGUUUUAGACGUUAAUGACAAUAUGCCGGUUUUCACGCAGGAUGUUUACUCUGUAACCCUUAAUGAAAAUGUCCGAGUCGGAACAACUGUUAUAAAGGUUAACGCUACUGAUAAGGAUGACGGUCCAAAUGGAGAAAUUUUUUACACAUUUGGAAAGGAUUUAGACAAUAGGCUAUUAAAACUUUUCGAUUUAAACUCCAACACUGGGGAAUUGACUGUGAUUGGGCCUGUAGAUUACGAAAAUGCAAAUAACUUUGAAAUCGAUAUCCAAGCUUCAGACAAAGGAGCUGCUCCACUUACAUCAGAUAAGAGUAUAACCAUACAAAUCGUUGACGUAAAUGACAAUGCACCAGAGAUAGAAGUGACAUCAUUUUCAAGCGCAGUGCCCGAAGACUCUAAAAUAGGAACCACGGUGGCUUUAAUCAGCGUUAGUGAUUUAGACUCUGGUGUAAAUGGAAAAUGUUUGUGCUACAUAACUGAAGACAUACCUUUUAGACUAAUGCCAUCAUCCCAAGAUAGCAUUUACGCACUUGUUACCACCUCAUCUCUUGACAGAGAAACUAUAUCUCAUUAUGAUAUCACGUUAGUAGCUAAAGAUGCUGGACAACCACCACUAUCUUCUGCUAAAACUAUAACUGUCCAGGUAUCAGAUGUAAAUGACAAUAGUCCAGAAUUUUCUCUUUCACCUUACGCUUUUUAUGUGAUGGAAAAUAAUGUUCCGGGCAAAUCGUUAUUUUCUGUGUCUGCUUCUGACCAUGAUUCAGAUGAAAAUGCCAUCAUAAACUAUAACAUUUGGAGAGACUCUGGAGAUGAAAACAAGUAUAAGUCUUUCAUCAAUAUUAACCAUGAAAAUGGGGAGAUUUAUGCGCUAAAGAGUUUUGACUUUGAAACUGUUAAAACGUUCAAUUUUCACAUUGUUGCUACAGACUCUGGAAGUCCAUCUCUGAGCAGUAACGUGACAGUGAACGUGUUUAUUCUGGAUCAGAACGACAAUGUUCCAGUGAUCUUAUAUCCAGUCAGUGCUAACGGUUCUGCUGAGGGUGUGGAGGAGAUUCCCCGCAAUGUGAACACAGGUCAUUUGGUGACUAAAGUCAGAGCCUAUGACGCAGAUAUCGGAUACAAUGGCUGGUUAUUAUUUUCACUGCAGGAAGUUAGUGAGCACAGUCUCUUUGGUUUGGACCGCUAUACAGGACAGAUAAGGACCCUUCGCUCAUUCACAGAAACAGACGAGGCCCAGCAUAAACUGGUCAUACUGGUCAAAGACAAUGGGAACGUGUCACUCUCAGCAACAGCGACUGUGAUUGUCAAAGUUGUGGAGCCCAAAGAGGCUUUUGCAGCUUCUGAUGUGAAAAACGCAGUAAAAGACGAGGAGGAAAACAACGUGACAUUUUAUUUGAUCAUCACUUUGGGCUCGGUUUCAGUGCUUUUUGUCAUCAGUAUCAUCGUGUUGAUUGUAAUGCAGUGCUCCAAAUCUACAGACUAUUCAUCCAAGUAUUUACAAGAGGCAAAUUACGACGGGACUCUGUGUCACAGCAUCCAGUACAGAUCUGGAGACAAACGUUACAUGUUAGUUGGACCCAGAAUGAGUAUUGGAUCUACUAUAGCACCAGGCAGUAAUAGAAAUACUCUAGUGAUACCAGAUCGCAGGAGAACAGCAGAUAUAGAACACUGUUACCAGUUGCUUUGGUAA